AUCAGUGCCUUAACCAUCCCUGAAAUCUAUGCUCAGGCACCAGCUGCCAUUGAAAGGCUCAGGAACAAAGGUGACAAUGUGUCAGCUGAUGAACUAGAUGAUUUGGUUGUCAAACUAAAGCAAGAUCAGGAGGCACUGAGAAUAGCCACAGGGAUGUUUCCGCCUGAUUAUAACCUAUUGAAUUACGUAAUAGGAUUGACGCAAACACACCAAAAACGGGCCGAGGUGCUUAUCAAACUAACCGCCGCUCCGGACCACUCAUCUCAACUCUUUAUAUUGUCACCCGUCGGUCCCGGACUCCACACCUGGCCUCACCUAAUAUUGCUACCGCCGCUACUGGUCAUCACACUCGACCACUUCAACAUAUUUUGUUGGGAAGCACUGGUAGACAUGAGCGCGCCUCCACUAAACCUAGCCUAACUGGCCGUACAUUAUGAGUAGCGCCUGUGUCCCCAAUGGGCUGUCGUAUGGGAACAG